GGAAUCUGUCAGCAGCUCCAUCCCGGCCUCCGGCCUCCGCCCGCGCCCGCCGGAGCCUGUUCGCGUCGACUGACCAGAGUCCGCGAAUUAUCCGCUCCGAGCCCGUCCGGAUUGCCCCGAUCCCAGCUUUCCGCCCUUUGAAAACACUAAGAAUAAUGUCCCUGCAUCAGUUUUUACUAGAGCCAAUCACCUGCCAUGCCUGGAACAGGGAUCGAACUCAGAUUGCCCUGAGCCCCAAUAAUCAUGAAGUCCACAUCUAUAAGAAGAACGGGAGCCAGUGGGUGAAGGCUCAUGAACUCAAGGAACACAAUGGACACAUCACAGGCAUCGACUGGGCGCCCAAGAGCGACCGCAUCGUCACCUGUGGGGCAGACCGCAACGCCUACGUCUGGAGUCAGAAGGAUGGUGUCUGGAAGCCCACCCUGGUGAUCCUGAGAAUUAAUCGGGCAGCCACGUUUGUGAAGUGGUCCCCCCUAGAGAACAAGUUUGCUGUGGGAAGUGGAGCACGGCUCAUUUCUGUCUGUUACUUUGAGUCCGAAAAUGACUGGUGGGUGAGCAAGCACAUCAAGAAGCCGAUCCGCUCCACGGUCCUCAGCCUGGACUGGCACCCCAACAACGUGCUCCUGGCAGCAGGCUCAUGUGACUUCAAGUGCAGGGUGUUUUCUGCCUACAUUAAAGAAGUGGAUGAAAAGCCAGCCAGUACGCCAUGGGGUAGCAAGAUGCCUUUUGGUCAGCUGAUGUCAGAGUUUGGUGGCAGUGGCACUGGUGGCUGGGUCCAUGGGGUCAGCUUCUCCGCCAGCGGGAGCCGCCUGGCCUGGGUCAGCCACGACAGCACCGUGUCCGUGGCCGAUGCCUCAAAAAACGUGCAGGUUGCAACUCUGAAGACAGAGUUCCUGCCACUCCUGAGUGUAUCAUUUGUCUCAGAGAAUAGCAUCGUGGCUGCUGGCCACGACUGCUGCCCAAUGCUCUUUAACUACGACGACCGUGGCUGCCUAACCUUCGUCUCCAAACUCGACAUUCCAAAACAGAGCAUCCAGCGCAACAUGUCAGCUAUGGAGCGCUUCCGCAACAUGGACAAGAGGGCUACCACCGAGGACCGCAAUACGGCCUUGGAGACGCUGCACCAGAAUAGCAUCACUCAGGUGUCUAUUUAUGAGGCAGACAAGCAGGAUUGCCGUAAAUUCUGCACUACCGGCAUCGACGGGGCCAUGGCAAUUUGGGAUUUCAAGACCUUAGAGUCCUCCAUCCAGGGCCUUCGAAUAAUGUGAAGCUGAG